AGUGGGGAAAGAGGCCCACAGGCGGGCUUAGCCCUCACCUGAGACCAAUAGCAUAAAAGUACCAGACCCAACGCCCAUUAGUGGGGACUAUUUCUGAAGUCAGGAUUUGUCCUUGAGUCCACUGUCACAGUGACUUGUCAGAGAAGAACUGGUGAGCUUUUACGUUUGACCACUUGAGGCUGCUUGACUGCUUCUCCUGCAGGUAGAAGGCUUUCCUAGCGAUGGACCCCUAUACGAUCCACACGAAGGAGAGUGGCAGCCUUCUGCCUGUUCGGGAUGUGCAUGUCAACAUCAGUGCGAGAAGCUCCACGCCAGGGAAAAUGAAAGGCAGGAAGGCCAGAUGGUCAGUGAAGCCCUCGGACAUGUCCAACAGGACUUUCAAUCCCAUCCGGGCCAUUGUGGACAGCAUGAAGGUGAAGCCAAACCCAAACAAAGCCAUGAUUUCUCUGUCAAUUGGAGACCCUACUGUAUUUGGAAACCUCCCCACAGACCCUGAAGUUACCCAAGCUAUGAAGGAUGCCCUGGAUUCAGGGAAAUACAAUGGCUAUGCCCCAUCCAUUGGCUACCUAUCUAGUCGUGAGGAGAUUGCUUCCUACUACCACUGUGCCAAAGCACCACUGGAAGCUAAGGAUGUCAUUCUGACGAGUGGCUGCAGUGAGGCGAUUGAACUGUGUUUAGCUGUGUUGGUCAACCCGGGGCAAAACAUCCUUGUUCCCAGACCCGGUUUUUCUCUCUAUAGAACUUUGGCUGAAUCUCUGGGAAUUGAGGUCAAACUCUAUAAUCUACUGCCAGAGAAGUCUUGGGAAAUUGACUUGAAACAAAUGGAAUCUUUGAUUGAUGAAAAGACAGCUUGUCUCAUCAUCAACAACCCAUCAAAUCCCUGUGGGUCAGUCUUCAGUAAGAGUCAUCUUCAGAAGAUUCUGGCAGUGGCCGCAAGGCAGUGUGUUCCUAUUGUAGCUGAUGAGAUCUAUGGAGACAUGGUGUUCUCAGAUUGCAAGUACAAACCCCUGGCCACGCUUAGCACGGAUGUUCCCAUCCUGUCCUGUGGAGGGCUGGCCAAGCGCUGGCUGGUUCCUGGCUGGAGACUGGGCUGGAUCCUCAUCCACGACCGAAGAGACAUUUUUGGCAAUGAGAUCCGAGAUGGGCUGGUGAAGCUGACUCAGCGGAUCUUGGGACCUUGCACCAUCGUCCAGGGAGCACUGAAAAGCAUCCUGCGUCGCACCCCUCAAGAGUUCUACCACAAUACUCUAAGCUUCCUCAAGGCCAACGCUGAUCUCUGCUAUGAGACAUUGUCUUCAGUACCUGGACUCCAGCCAGUCUGCCCUUCGGGGGCUAUGUACCUCAUGGUCGGAAUUGAGAUAGAACAUUUUCCAGAAUUUGAGGAUGAUGUGGAGUUCACAGAGCGGUUGAUUGCUGAGCAGUCCGUCCACUGCCUCCCAGGAAAGUGCUUUGAGUACCCAAAUUUCUUCCGAGUGGUGAUCACUGUGCCUGAGGUGAUGAUGUUGGAGGCCUGCAGCCGAAUCCAGGAAUUCUGUGAGCAGCACUAUCAUUGUGCUGAAGGGAGCCAGGAGGAAUGUGACAAAUAGGCCUUCAUCCCUUCUCCAAGGAGGGCUGGAUGGGCUCUGCUGCUCCUCAGGGGGUCAGAUGCCCCACGGGGGAGGGGCCUCAAAAUGACUACCCAAGAGUUCAGAGUUACUUUUGCUUUUCUGCAGUACAUCCACAUACGCACUCUGAAUUCCAGAUUCUUCCUCCACUCUGCUCUGCUGGAAUGACUAAUUCAUUAACUUGUCACCCUCUUAGGACUUUCUUUUUCCUGACAGUACAAGUGAACAGAGACUAACAGAAAGCAAUUGGGACAAGAAAAUAGAAGAAACAAAAGAUUGUGAGAACUGUGUUCCUAUUUCCUCUAAUCUAAGAGUGCUCUUUUCAUUGCUAUUAGUGCCUUUCUGCAAUAGUUAAACUGAAAAGUUGAGGACACAUGUAUUUGGUUAAUUAUAUUCUAAACACAAUAGGAAAUUUGCUAUUUAAAGAAUCCUUGACGGAAAACUUUUUAUGGUUUUUUUUUUGGUAAUGUAAAUAUCCUUUAAUUGACCAACUUCCUAAGUUUAAAUUUGUAUGUACCAGGCUUUCUUAAAAUGAGAGCAUAUUUCAAAAGAAAGGAAGAAUCAGAGGCUCUUCCAGAAAUACUGCUGUACAAAGUCCAGGAAUAUCCUUGUCAUUGUUACAGAAUCAUUACCACUUUCACUAUAAUGUUAAUAUUGAUUUAAUAUUUGUUAUAUUAUCUUUUCAUAUGUUUUCUAAAAAACAUUUAUAUUAUAGAAGACCUUUUAUUUUGCCAAGGACAUAAAUUAUUUUUUUAAUAAAUUUUAUGAAGUACA